UGAACCAAACUGAAACCAGAAUUUUCGGGAAUAUACAAGAAUCAAGUUAUCCUUUCACUUCUUUUAAAUACCUCACGAGUCCCCUUCGACAUCAUCAUCAUCAAGCAAACAAAGAAAAGAGUUAUUUGUUUACAAUCUCAUUAGUCAUUACAAUCUGCCAAGUCUCUAAUCUAAGCUAACAAAUAUCAAAAAGAUGUCUCUGAUUCCAAGUUUCUUCAGUGGCCCAAGGAGCAACGUGUUUGAUCCUUUCUCACUUGACGUGUGGGAUCCCUUCAAGGAUUUUCACUUUCCCACUUCUGUUUCUGCUGAAAAUUCUGCAUUUGUGAGCACUCGGGUGGAUUGGAAGGAGACCCCAGAAGCACACGUGCUCAAGGCAGAUAUUCCAGGGCUGAAGAAAGAGGAAGUGAAGGUGCAGAUUGAAGAUGAUAGGGUUCUUCAGAUAAGCGGAGAGAGGAACCUUGAGAAGGAAGAUAAGAACGACACGUGGCAUCGAGUGGAGCGUAGCAGUGGCAAGUUCAUGAGAAGGUUCAGAUUGCCGGAGAAUGCUAAAGUGGAGCAAGUGAAGGCUUCUAUGGAAAAUGGGGUUCUCACUGUUACUGUUCCCAAGGAAGAGAUUAAGAAGCCUGAUGUUAAAGCCAUAGAAAUCUCUGCUUAAGCUCUGUUCUCUUUUGCUGAGGAUCUUGUGAGUGAUUUUCUUUCUUUGUUUUUCUUUUUUUUGUGAGUGGUUUGUGUAAGAAAGAUAUCAUGGACUGUGUACUGUAAUUGCAAAUACAAGUAAUGGUUUACAGUGGUUUUUGAAAUAUAAAAUAAAAUCUUAGCUUGUAAUGA